AUGCACAGAGUGGCAGAGGCGAUUCUCAUUCGGGUAGAGGUGGCACUUAGUUUGGCCGAGGAGGUGGUCGCAGAGGUUCUCAGGCCGAGGGUGGCUGUGCUCAUUGCUAUGCAUUUCCAGGAAGACCACAGGCAGAGGCUUUGGAUGCGGUCAUUACAAGCAUUCCGUAGUGGUGGAUCGCGUGUACCGAUCUUGUCUUAUGACUUUGAUGGGAUCCGAAGAUUAGACACAAUAGUUCGUGAUUGGGUCGGGCUUACUUCGAUUCUGAGAGAUUCGAGCUUAAGUCGCCUCGCUAGCUACUAUCAGCGUUUUGUAGAGGGGUUUUCGUCUAUUGCAUCUCCUUUGACCAGAUUGACUCAGAAGAAUGUACCCUUUCAGUGGUCUGAUGAGUGCGAGGCGAGCUUUCAAAAGCUCAAGACUUUAUUGACUACAAACCCUAUUCUGACUCUUCCUGUCGAAGGGGAUGGUUUUACUGUGUAUUGUGAUACUUUGCUGAUUGGCCUUGGUGGUGUUUUGAUAAGGGAAGGUGAUAGCCUAUGCUUAGGCGUUGAAGCCGCACGACAGUUAAGAACUACUGGUGAUGAUUUGAAGUUGGCGGCGGUGGUAUUGUUGCAUUGA